AUGUUGAAACGCAAUGCCCAGGGUCCUCACGGGUCCAAAGAAGGCGAUGGUGGAUUUGGACAGGGCACACCAGAUGACAAGCCCUCCAGGGCAACCGCAGCCCAGAUGGCGAGCAGAAAGAUCAAAGAUGUCCGUAAACGUCGCGCUCCCACGCCAAGCGGAGGCGCAUCUGAUACAGGUUCAUUCAAUCCCUUUGCCUCCACUGCUCCAGCUGCCCCGGCAGCCCCGGCUCCUCCAUCCGCUGGAUUUACAUUUGGUCAAAGUCAGAGCUUCCCUGGCGCAAGCUCAACACCAGCGCCUAACCAGGGUGGCAUGUUUUCAUCGGGGGCGAAUGGCUCAUCUGGCUUCAGCUUUGGUUCCGGUCCUACCUCUUUCGGAUCUCCACCACCGAGCAAUCCGUUCUCUGUGAACACAUCAUUUGGAGGAAACGCUCAGCCGAGCACCAAUGGAUUCAGUUUCGGAGGGUUCAAUGCCGGCGGCCAGACUUCUCAGUCUUUCUCCGGGUUCGGAGCGCAACAGAACACAAGCACACCAACGAAAUCUGGGAUGUUCGGGCAACAAACUGCCGCUUCCCCGGCCGAUGAUAGCAUGCAAACUUCGCCAGAUGCCAAGCCGAAGUCGAUGUUCGCAUCGCAGCCAGCCGUCGGGGGAACAGCCCCUACCAAUCCAUUCGCAAAUCUAUCAGGCCAGGGUGCGUCCAAUCUAUUCGACCCCAAGACAACCAGCACAGAGCAAACGGCUUCCAAGCCAGCCGAAGCUCCGGCCUUCAAGCCUCUCUUUGGUGCUGCAGCACCGAAGCCAUCCGAGGGAGAGAAAGAGAAACCGGCUGUGAAUAUCUUUGCACCCAAGACAACCACCACAGAUGAAACGGCUCCCAAGUCUGCUGAAGCUCCAGCCUUCAAGCCUCUCUUUGGUGCUGCGGCAUCGAAACCCUCAGAGGGAGAGAAAGAGAAGUCGACGGCAAGCAAUCCAUUCGUCAAUCUUUCAACUCAGGCUUCAACCAGUACCAACCUGUUUGGCGCGAAGACACCGACAGAGGAAACACCCGCAAAGCCUGCAGAGGCGGCAAAGCCUUUCGGGUCCUUAUUCGGGGCAACCACCACCCCCAAACCCUCAGAGUCUACUGGAAACUUAUUUGCACUCAAGCCUGCUGGUGACAGGUCGACAUCUAGCAAUCCAUUUGCGAACCUAUCAGGCCAGAGUUCAUUGGGUAGUCUGUCCUCGCCGAAGGUCACUGGAUCUGAGGGUGCUGCAAAGCCUGCGGCAGAGAGCCCAUUCAAGUCGAUGUUCGGUGCGUCUGCAACGUCAAAGCCUGCAGAUGCUGAAAAAGAGAAGACAAGCCAACCGGCAUUUGGCAACAUGUUUGCACCAAAGCCGGCUGAUGUUGCGGCUGCAAAGCCUGCCGAGCAGACACCAUUCAAAUUUGGUGCGUCUGCGACGCCGAAACCUUCAGAGGGUGAGAAGGAGAAGCCAGCAGCCAGUAGUAUAUUUGCUCCAAAGUCCACAGAGGCAGAGCAGACUCCUGCGAAGCCUGCAGCGGCCCAGCCGUUCGGGUCCUUGUUCGGGGCGCCUUCCAGCUUGUCGAAGCCUGGGGAUGGGCAGACAACUCCAGCCAAGCCUAGCACUCCAUUUGCAAACUUGUCUGGACAAACGUCUGCUGGUAAUCCAUUUGCGCCUAAGCCAGUGUCGACGGAGCAAGACCAGACAGCUGAAACCCCCGAGGCAUCUCCAUUCAAGUCCCUUUUCGGGUCAAAUUCGGUUGCAAAGUCGGCUGCAAAGGAAACGGGGGUAGAGGAGAGGGUCACGGUAAAUGGAGAGAAGGCGUUGGACAACACCAGCCCUGUCAAACAGAACGCAAAGCCAGCUCCAGUCGCUCCUUCCUCUUCUUCUUCCAAACAGAGCGCGUCCACGUCUUGUUUACCUCACACUACAACUUCAACCUCUUCCACUUCUUCCCCUCCGUACAUUCUUCCACCAGAUAUCCUUUCUGCGCCACUUGACUUUUCAGACCCAGACCGUCUUUUACCAAGACCUGACGUACCUGUUACCUUUGAUCUUCCUGAUACCGACGCAACUAUGCCUCCUGGAAUCAAAGACUCCGAGUGGGACCGCAAGGGUGUCCAAAACCUUGUUUACUGUCGCUACCUGACCCAUGCGUUCCAAGCUGAGAUCGCGAAGAUUGAUCCUGAGAAGGACUGCCCCGAUGAUAUCAUUAUGGUUUACGCUGAAAUGCGCCGCAACAUCGGUGUUCCCAUUGGUUCAAGUGACCUGAUCGAGCAUGAGAUCACCUUUGGCACCGUUCGUCCCAACCCUGACCACCCUGACAAUGUUCAAGCUGUUGCUGUCCCUGCCGCCGCCGCUGCCACCGCUGCCACCGCUGCCACCGCUGUCUCACCGGAUUCUGCUCCUGUUGCUGCUACCCCUGCUCCCACUGCAUCUGUCGCUCCUAUUGCUACGCCUCAGCCCGUGAAGGAUACCUCCAGCACUGUCGAUGCUUUCGCCCGGUCUUUCUCGUCUCCUGCUCCUGUCACAACUUCCUCGUCUGCCACUCCGGCCGUAUUUGCCUCCGCUGCCGGGCUUGCCCCAACUCCUGCUACUCCCUCUCUCUUUGCUGCGCCAACCUCGGCUAGCUCUUCCCUUCCUUCUUCAGAUUCUCAGAAGACCUCGACUCCCUCGGCCCCCAGCUUCGGUGCUGCGGGCUUCGGCAAAGGGGGCUUCAGGCCCUCUGCCCAGGUCCUUGCCAAUUCACAGCAGAGCAAGGGAAAGCCUACAGAGUCCGACUCGGAAGACUCCGACUCGGAAGACGAAGAGACCAUUGCGUUCAAGGCCAAAUGCGAAGAGCAGCGUAAAAUGAUCAAUAUCUUCGUGCCUGGGGAAGGAUUCAAGACUGUCCCAGCUAGUCACGGUGCUUCUAAACCUCCGUCUACUUCCGCAGCUCCCGCUACUAGUCUCGCCCCUUCUUCGCUUUUCGGAGCGGCUGCCCAGCCCGCCGCUUCUAGUCUCUUUGGGGUUCCUGCUACCGGUGCAAGCUCCGCUGGCUCCUCGAUCUUCGGCGCUGCUCCUCUCAGUGCCACGUCAUCCGUUUUUGGCGGGUCCGCUCAGCCAGUUCCUACUACUCAGAAUAUCUUCGGCGGGCUGAAGGCUACGUCGCCCAAGCGCAAGGCCGACGAUAGCGACAGCGAGGAUGACUCCCUAGCCAAGAAGUCCAAGCCUUCGCCUCCUUCUGCUUCCACCGGUGGUAGUCUUUUUGGUCGUGUUUCAACCCCAACUCCAUCAGGUAAUGGACAAAAUCUGACAUGGCAGCCCGGCACACCUAUUCAAUUUGGUAAUUCGCAGCCUGCAAAUGGCCAAAACAGUCAGACUACUGUCCCCGCUCCCGCUGCCACUCCCGCCCCCACUUCUACUCUGUUUGGUGGACCUGCAACGGCCACCCCUUCCGCUGCUUCUCAGCCCGCCACUGCGGCUGCCGAUGACGAAGAAGGUGAGCCUGGUGAAAUUUUCGACCUUGCCCAGGGCAACGGCGGCGAAGAAGAGGAGACCGUCGUCUUCGAGGAGAAAUGCCGGGCUUUCAAGCUCACUACUGGCUGGACCUCCCAGGCCAAUGGGCCUGUCCGCCUGCUUAAGCACCCCGUCACCGGGCGUGCUCGCAUUGUCGUCCGUGCCGAGCCUAGUGGAAACGUUGUACUGAACACCCUCCUGAAGAAGGAGCUGGUCUACUCAAUGACCACCAACAGCGUUCAGUUGAUGGUGCCCGUAGAGGGCGGCACUGCCUCUCAGUGGGCUAUCCGCGUCAAGCGGGAGAAGCUCAAUGAGUUCUUCAACCUUGUACAAGAGAUCAAGAACUAG